GGCUUCCGGUUCCGCCGUCCUCUUUCUCUGUAACGAGGCGGCCGAGCGGAUACCAAAAUGCAAAUCUUUGUGAAGACCCUGACGGGCAAGACCAUCACCCUAGAGGUUGAACCCAGUGACACCAUCGAGAAUGUCAAGGCCAAGAUCCAAGACAAGGAAGGCAUUCCACCAGACCAGCAGCGGCUGAUAUUCGCUGGCAAACAGCUGGAGGAUGGCCGCACUCUCUCUGAUUACAACAUCCAGAAAGAGUCCACCCUGCACCUGGUGUUGCGCCUGCGUGGUGGCAUCAUCGAGCCCUCUCUGCGCCAGCUUGCCCAGAAGUACAACUGUGACAAGAUGAUCUGCCGCAAGUGCUAUGCUCGUCUGCACCCCCGUGCUGUAAAUUGCCGUAAGAAGAAGUGUGGCCACACCAACAACCUUCGCCCCAAGAAGAAGGUCAAGUAAAGCCAUGGCCUUGGGGCACUAAUAAAGACCCCAUACACUGACUGCAGCAAGAA